AUGGCGUCAACGCAGUUAACGGAUGAGGAGCUUUUCUCCGAAUUAAAGCGCUUUGGUUUCACUCCAGGGCCGGUAACCGAAAACACUCGCCCGGUAUAUUUGAAGAAAUUGAAAAAGCUUCGGGAAGAGCAACAGCAGCGGGGCUCCAGGCCGGUUAAAACCCGUAGCAGCGGGGCCAUCAGUAGCAGCACUGGCGGCGGCAACACGGCGGGAUCCAGGCCAGCCAGCCAUGACGUCACGCACCUGAGCUCUAGCAGGAGACCGGGCCGGAAGUCCUCCGUCCUCGGCUUCAGCUCCGACGAGUCUGACGCUGAAACUCCAUUUAAAAGAAAGGGCCUCAACCACAGCGGCAGGGUCGUCCGAAGCCCCGGGUUUCAACAACAACCUAAGAUAAGGCCCGUUACCACACCGAGUGUUGCUAACAAGAGUCAGUAUGGCGCUACGAGUACGCUAAAUAGCAACAAUUCUUCCCCGGGUCCGGACGGACAGAGAAGUGUCUCGCUGGGCUGGGGAGUUCGUGCCAGAUCCAGCCCCGAGGCGGAAGGGAGGGAUUACGACGAAUCGGGGGACGAGGACGAUUGUGAGGGGGAGACGGAGAAGAACUCUCGCUCUUUAAAUGGCUGUGGGGCGCUUCACGUGAACACUAGCAAGCUAGCCGGGGAUUACUCAGACUCAGACGAGGAGGAGGUUGGGGGCCUUGGUGCCGCAGACAGACAGCGGGAUAGGUUGGAGCCUAGACGGAGCCACCCGAAAGCGGCGUUCCCUUCCCACGGAGUCGGCCGAGGGUCUCAGACUGGAGGGGUAGCAAGAGAGAUUAACACGCCUGAGAGUCUAAACAUGGUGGGGAGCCGGAGGGAGGAGCGGGAGGGAGACGAGGUGAAGAGAAGGGAACCGGACUCAUCGGGAGGCUUGCGGAGCCACAACUUUGCCAGGAAGUCCAUCUACGUGUCCCUCGGCGAGAACCACGGAGCAGAGGCCGGCGAAAACAACCACGUCGACGGCGACCACGGAGCCUCCAGAAGCAACAACACUAGUCGAUUCAGCAUCGGAUUGAGACCGCGCUUCUCCAACUACAGCAGCCUGUCCCAGACCUACAGGGGCAACCACUCCAACCACGUCGCUGCCAGCAACCCGUACAGCCAGGCGGUGCUGAAGCAGAAGCUGUCUGUUCCGGAGGAUGAGCUGCUCCAGCAGUUCAAACGGGAAGAGGUGGCCUCCUCCGGCAGCUUCAGCGCUCACUACCUGUCCAUGUUCCUGCUCACUGCAGCCUGCCUCUUUUUUCUGCUGCUGGGCCUCAUGUACCUCAGGAUGAGGGGCUCUGGAUCCUCUGAGGUGGAUGGAGUCAUUAAGAGCCAUCCAUUUGGCAGCGAGUUUGACACUUCUUAUGAAAAGGAGGUGAAGGACGUGAUCCUAAACCUGCUGCUUAAUCUACAUGAUCACCUGGCCCACAUCGCUGGCCAGCAUGACUGUGGAGACCAGCAGCAUCCAAACAGGAGUCUGUCUAUGGAAGAGGCAUCUGCGUAUUUACUGGCUCAGAAUGAGGAGUUUGGUAACUUCACUCAUACUUCUCUGGAGUGGAUCAUCCGGACAAGCCAGGAUGUUGGGAUAAGGUUGAUUGGCCAGGUAGCAGAGGAUCCAGUGACUGAUGUGUCUGAGAUCUCUCGGCUGGAGUCCACUCAUCCCAAGAUGCCCUUCACGUGCCGCUUCCGCCGAGCCUUCCUCACCGUCAUCAGCAGAGUCUUUCUCAUCGCAGUUGUGGUAGGCUGUGUGUGGAGUGUGGUCUGCUACAUGAAGUAUCGCUGGAGGAGAGAGGAGGAGGAGACCAGGCAGAUGUACGAUAUGGUGGAAAGGAUCAUCGAUGUGUUGAGGAGCCACAGUGAGGCCUGCCAAGAGAACCAGGACCUGCAGCCCUACUUGCCCAUCCCCCACGUCAGAGACUCCCUUGUUCAGCCUCAGGACCGGAAGAAAAUGAAGAAGAUCUGGGAGCGGGCUGAGAGCUUCCUCUCAGCCAACGAGUCCAGGAUUCGAACAGAGACUCAGAGGAUUGGUGGGGCGGACUUCCUGGUCUGGAGGUGGAUCCAGCCGUCUCUCAGUUGUGACAAGACCUCCUUGAUGCCCUCCAAAGUUUGGCAGGGAAAAGCUUUCCCUCUGGACCGGAGGAAUUCACCUCCCAACAGCCUGACUCCAUGCCUGAAGAUCAGAAACAUGUUUGACCCAGUCAUGGAGGUGGGGGAGAACUGGGAUCUAGCCAUCCACGAGGCCAUCCUAGAGAAGUGCAGCGACAACGACGGCAUCGUCCACAUCGCCGUCGACAAGAACUCACGAGAG